UGUACCCAGGGAGCCUCCUAGCCCGGAGGUUCCGCUCUCUCUGGGAGAGGAGGGGUACCCGGGACAGGACUGACAAACCCCGCCCUCCACUUAUUAUUUUGCUUAUUUUUCUUUGUGCGCUCCUGUUAGUUUGUUAAACCAGAUCUAGUCCUAGAAUCUUUUCUCCUCCCUUCUCCCUCCUCCUUUCCCCCUUCUUCCCCCACCCCCGCUCCUUUUUCUUCCCCUCCUCCCUCCUAUCCCUCUGCAGGAGACUCUCUCAGCGACGGAAAGUUGCAGCUCCUGGUAGCGCCUCAGGGGUCUCCCUGCAGUGUCCUACCGCCGCCAUCCUACUACUGCACUUCGGAGAUCUCCUCCUUCGCCUUCACCGCUGCCCACUUCAGCCGGAUCGCUUGUGUGCAGACCGUCCCAUCUAUGACGAUGCUCCUGGACGGAGGCCCGCAGUUCCCCGGGCUGGGAGUGGGCAGCUUCGGCGCGCCGCGCCACCACGAGAUGCCCAACCGCGAGCCGGCGGGCAUGGGACUGAAUCCCUUCGGGGACUCAACCCACGCUGCCGCCGCCGCCGCCGCCGCCGCUGCCUUCAAACUGAGCCCAGCCGCUGCGCACGAUCUGUCUUCGGGUCAGAGCUCGGCUUUCACACCGCAGGGUUCGGGCUACGCCAACGCCCUGAGCCACCAUCACCACCACCAUCACCAUCACCACGCCAGCCAGGUGCCGAGCUACGGCGGCGCUGCCUCGGCCGCCUUCAACUCCACGCGCGACUUUCUGUUCCGCCAGCGGGGCUCCGGGCUGAGCGAGGCAGCCUCUGGGGGCGGGCAGCACGGGCUCUUUGCAGGUUCGGCGAGCAGCCUGCACGCCCCGGCGGGUAUUCCUGAACCCCCCGGCUACCUGCUCUUUCCUGGGCUGCAUGAGCAGGGCGCUGGGCACCCGUCGCCCACAGGGCACGUGGACAAUAACCAGGUCCACUUGGGUCUGCGCGGGGAGUUGUUCGGCCGCGCUGACCCGUACCGCCCGGUGGCCAGCCCGCGCACGGACCCCUACUCAGCCGGCGCGCAGUUCCCGAACUACAGCCCCAUGAACAUGAACAUGGGCGUGAACGUGGCGGCCCACCACGGGCCGGGGGCCUUCUUCCGUUACAUGCGGCAGCCCAUCAAGCAGGAGCUGUCCUGCAAGUGGAUCGACGAGGCUCAGCUGAGCCGGCCCAAGAAGAGCUGCGACCGGACCUUCAGCACCAUGCACGAGCUGGUGACGCACGUUACCAUGGAGCAUGUGGGGGGCCCAGAGCAGAACAACCACGUCUGCUAUUGGGAGGAGUGCCCCCGCGAGGGCAAGUCCUUCAAGGCGAAGUACAAACUGGUCAACCACAUCCGAGUGCACACGGGCGAAAAGCCUUUCCCGUGCCCCUUCCCGGGCUGUGGGAAGAUUUUUGCCCGCUCCGAGAACCUCAAGAUCCACAAGAGGACCCACACAGGUGAGAAACCUUUCAAAUGUGAAUUCGAAGGCUGUGACAGACGCUUCGCCAACAGCAGCGACCGUAAGAAGCACAUGCAUGUGCACACCUCGGAUAAGCCCUACAUCUGCAAAGUGUGCGACAAGUCCUACACGCAUCCGAGCUCCCUGCGCAAACACAUGAAGGUUCAUGAAUCUCAAGGGUCAGAUUCCUCCCCUGCUGCCAGUUCAGGCUAUGAAUCUUCCACUCCACCCGCUAUAGCUUCUGCAAACAGUAAAGAUACCACUAAAACCCCUUCUGCAGUUCAAACUAGCACCAGCCACAACCCUGGACUUCCUCCCAAUUUUAACGAAUGGUACGUCUGAGGACAACCAAAAUGCAUUUUAAAAAGAAAACUGAGACCCAUCAGAUGGAAAUGGAGAUUUUAACGCAAGAGGCCAUAUAUAGGGCUACAUCUUGUCAAUUGCAAUUAUCCAGGAAGGUUUGGGGCAAGAUCCAAAAGUAGCCAUGCCCUUUUCUCAGGAGUAGAAAAUACGUUUUGGCAUUUGAAGGAUUUUUUACAAAAUCUUUUCAUGGCUUUUUUCUCCCUUUCCUCUUGCUCUCUGCCCACCCCAUUCUGAAACUCCUUCAGUUCAUUUUAACAAUUGUCCUGUUUCUUGAGGAAGUUAUAGAAGGCUUGGUGGUGGUGAUGCUAAAAUGAUGGAAAUUCUUCGCCUUAGUGGUGAUUGUUUAAACUCUCACAGUCUUAAACCAUGCCAAAGUCCUGUUAUGUCUUGAACUUUUCUUCAAAGCAUUACACUUGUGAAUGUAUCUUUGUCUAAUGGGGUCGAAACUGUUGUUCAGUAUUUUUUCAGGCUGAGGAUAUGAUGUUACUCUACACAGAUUGUGACGUUUAGUAUACAGUUGCCUUUUGUAAUAACUUUUUUUUUGUAAAUACAUAUCCGUUGAUGCCAUAUUUAUCGUUUGUAAUUUAAUUAUUGCUGCAAGUGCCGGGAACUGAACAAUAUUUAUGGAUAAAUGUUUUCUAACAGAUCUGUACAGCUUUUGAUUAUAACUGCUUUAGCAUUAAAAUUUAUUGUUUUGAAAGAAGAACACAAUUUACAAUUUUUGAACCGCUGACUCUUUUCUCUUGUUUUGUAACAGCCUCCUACAAAGAGGAGAUGUGAGCAAAUUUGAAUCUUGUUUGUUGGUAUUUAUAACUCACUCAGAUCCCUUUUUUAAUUGUUAAAUUAUUUUUCUAUUGCAGUAUAGAUUCCUUACAGUGUCAGUUUCCAUCUGGGAAGACCUUCCUUUCUUUAUCUCUAGCUCAGAUGGUUAACUGCGAGUUUAAAUGUGUUUGUCCUGGAUUUUCGGCAUGCAAAUCAAAUAUUACUGAUCAAUUCAGUUAGUGGCCAUGACAUCUCAAUCUUGUACUUCAAAAGACUGAGAAGCUGGAUUUAAUCAUCCCUGCCCUACAUAUAUAAACAUAAGGUAACCUAAUUAGUUUUAUGUCCCUUAGUUCUUUAUUACCUUACAUAAAAAUGAAAAUUGUGGCAGGAUGCAUGUCUGUUCUAUCUAGAGAUCACCCAUAUACCUAUAUGUUUGUAUCUAUGACUUAUCUAAUCUGCCUACCAAAUCUAUCUAGCUCUCAAUUUUCAAAACAUAGCAUAUGUCUGGAACGGAGGUGAUAAGCAAGGCCAGUUGAGCACUGCUUACUUAUAGUUAACGUGUUUCUGAAAAGAACCAUAUUCCAUUUAAAUUUUGGAAGGCGAAGUAUUUGUUUGCUGUACAUAGUUCAAUUCAUAAUUAUCACAAUUAUUCAUAACAUUUACAUAGUGGUGUAAUAACUACUGCAGUUCUGAAAUGAUAAUAUGGAAAAAAACAUUUGCAAAAUGUUAUUUUUAAAGUUCAUUAUUUGUAGGCAAAGAUGUUAAGACAUUGUUUCCAUUAAAAUCAAUAACAAUGAAAAAUGGUUGUUUGCUUUGUGAUAAAAUGUUAACAAUCCAUUUAAUCUUCAGUGAAACAACUCAUUUGGACAGUUCUUUUUAUCAUGGUUCUGUGGAAAAAAACUAUUAUUUUGGGGGGUUGGAAUGGGUAGAGUAUUGAGACCUUUCUUAUUAGGGUGCUGUUUGUUAUUGAGAGCCAAUCUGCAUGAAUAACAGAAAGGUGGAGAUAAGGAAUUGUAAAGUAUUUAGAAAUGUAAUGAAUAGGCUUAAGUACCUCUUUCUCUUUAAGGGGCAGUGCUUGGGGGUUUUUUGGUGGCAGUCAAUUUGGUAUUAUAUAUAAUCAUUUUCAAUUCUAGAAUUUUGUUGUUCUUUUCUAAGAAAUAAAGUACUGGCACAUCUCAUUUAUGUUAUAACAUUUUUGUAUUUGGUGCCCAAUAUUUUUUUCAUGUUCAAAUAAAUCAACCUAAAAUUGC